CUUACUAGCGCAUUCAUACUGCAACACAGCAACAGUUUUUUCUGGCAGGAUGUGGCAAAGGACCCUGACUUAACUAGGACAACAACACAUUUCGAACACUAAGAGGACUUUAAAAAAACAAACUUUUCAGCAUUGUAUUAUCUUUAGUCUCUUUUAGUAAUCUAGUAUUUUUUGCUUGUUCUUGUUUUUUUACUUCUUAGCUUUAAUGCCGUGAGGCCACUGAGUAUAGCUUACAGAUAAAAGAGUUUAAGAGUUAUUUUAGUUUUGAUUUUUCCAUAAGGAAAGGAAAUGCCUACAGUCAGUAGGUAUAUGAGUUUUCGUUCAUCAAAGCGAUUUAAAAUUACCAGCAGCUACCCAGUAGAGAGCAGUGGUGGCGGGCUGCCAACCAAAGUGAAGAAAAGCAGGAGCAGCUUAAGCAAUGGCAGCAUCAAGAAGGUGGAGACGAGGAAAGCCUUGAGCUUGGAGGCGGCCCAGCUCGAGAUCCAACAACAGCACAAAACCCUCACCAGACAAGUAGCCAUCAGGUCGGAGACGUUCGAUGUUGACAGCAGAGGCUUUGAGAGAACGGAGGGCACCGGCACACAAAGUAGUUUUAUGAAGCACAACAAGACAUUCCACAAGUUGUUUCCAGAGAUUUCCAAGAGUGAAGACUUGAUACAUGCAUACAUCUGUGCCCUGCAGAAGGAAGUGCCCUACCAUGGUCGGCUGUACAUCACUGACACCCACGCCUGUUUCUACUCCUCAGUUCUGCUCAAGGACACUAAGGUAGUAGUUCCAGUUUCCUGCAUCCACAUAGUGAAGAAGCAGAACACAGCUUUGCUGGUACCCAAUGCCUUGUCCAUACGCACCACAGAAGGAGACAAGUUCCUGUUUGUGUCACUGCGGAACAGAGAAUCAUGUUAUCAGCUGCUGCGUUCAGUAUGUCCUCAGAUAGAGGAUGGCAGCACAAAUAGUAGCCCCAUCUUCUCCUCAGCUGAGAACAGCUUUGAUAGGAGCAAACUUGUGAACUCCAGCCAGUCCAGUCUCGACGACAGCUUCGACCAAUUUAAUGGCUCGGAGUUACAAUCUUUGCAGGAGCAGCCUCUGCACAGACCACACAGAGAGCCAGUGCCUACUGACAACAGCUCGGCUUUCAGGAGCCUUCACAUGCAGCAGAGUGAUAGCUCGUCCUUUGAGGAGCUGUCAGUAUCAGGUUCAAGUGGAUCGUGGGUUUGGAAUGUGACAGAAAAGGCCAAGUCCCUGCUGGUUCAGAGAGAGGCCAGCACCCUUAACACUCUUCUCUUCAUUUACUUGAUUUUGGUUGUGCUGCUACUGCUGUCUUCUGGCUACAUUGGUUUACGUAUUGUGGCCCUGGAGGAACAGCUGACAUCUUUGGGGGCGCUGCCUGAGUUCACCUUACAGAGUACCAAGACACAUAACACUCGGUGACUGAAGGAGAGAUUGGUUGACUCAUGACUGGAGGAUUAUUUCGGCCUCUUCCAGCAGAACACAGCGGGAGAAAUUUCAUGUACUCGGACUGUGCUCCCGACACGGCCUCUGCUGUUGGCUAGAGGAAAAAUGGCCAACCCGUGCAAUUUCAGAGACAGCUUCUAAACUUGAAGGGCUAUACUUCCUCCUAGUGCAGUAGACAAAUGGACAUGCCACGACUUAAUCACACAAGGCCGAGCCAAAAUGCAUACGCACACUGCCUGGUUGCAGCGUGUCUGUCGUUCAAACCAAAGCCAAAUGGCUCUAACUUACGUGUAGCAAAGUUGACGGGCACUUUCCUGACAGAAACUGUUCCACAUCUGUGAACCUAUGUUGUCCAUUGUCUUUCAUAUACAUACUCCUCUCCCUGAGCAUGCAGUCUGAACAGGGCUAUACCAAUCAGCAUUAGCCUGCUGUAGUGCUUAAUAUUGCACCUCAACACCAGAGAUGUAGUGCUAUGCAUAGCCAAAGAUGCACACGGUGCACAUCUUUUGCAUGAAUGCACGGAGAUGACUUUUAAAUGAUUUUCUAUCUCUUUACCGUUCCAUCUAUCAGUGGUAUGUACAAAUCUGUCUCUGUCCUUUUUAAAUUGAGUAACUGUCGGGUACUGCUAUUCUAUUCGGUUCUUAUCUUCCUAAUCAGCUGUGGGUUGAAAUGAUGAUGGCUCAAAAUCAGAUCAGCCCAUUUAGGCUCGAUACUCUCCUGAUGGUCUUAUCCUUUCUCUUUUUCUCCAACCAGCAACGAUUGCAGCAUAACUUUCCUUGUCUUUGGUAUGAUUUAAACCAGUUUAAUGAUCAAUGUUCAGAGGUUUUUUUUUUUUCUCUGCAGUCUCAACUGGAUGAAUGCAUCAUCAAUGCAUAAAUAUUUAGCACAAUAGGACACAAGGAGUUCAUCUCAGAGGCAUCAAGAUGUUUUUGUGUACCUUUUUCUAUGACUUUGGUCUUCAAGAGUAGAUUUAAAACCUGUCUGGUUCAGAUGUCUGACAGGCCUCUUGAGGACCAAGUGGCAUUUCUAGACUUUUCAGGUCAUUUAAAGUAGCACCAAUAAUGUAUUUCUAAUGUUCAUGCAUGUGUCUGCAAUAUCGACACUUGACUGAUACUGUAUAUGCAUUCUCACUCUUGCCACCCAAAGAGGAGAAUGUACAACCACACUUGCCGUAAGGUCCAAGUUUUCAACAGCAAAAAAAAACAAGUGGUCCCAAGAAGAGAAUUUCAAUAUGCAACAAAUUAUUAUGCAUGGCAAAAAUGUAAUUUAUAUUUGUGUGCUUUGUUUUGUUUUGUUUUUUUAAAUGGAGCUUGAUGUUUUUGGGGGAAGAAGUUGUGUAAGAAACAAAAAAAAAACAAAGAUGUGAGUGAAAGAAACGGCUCAAGCGAGCGAGCGCACUUUAAAAAAUGUGUUGUGCCUGUCACAAUCCAACACACCGUAUUUUUGGAUUGAGAAGAAAUGGCAAAGCUGGCGUUCUGUGGUAUCUGACGGUGCUAAGACCUUUUUUUAAAUUGUUUUCACUCAGGGGUGGUGGGCACUACCUGCCACGGGGUUUUAGGUUGUCAUCUUUUUCUUCUGUCAUUUCAAAGUCUAAUACUUGUGAUGGGGGUUCACAUUUUUCAAACGUUCUUGGCUUUGGUGGUUUCUCAGAUGCCACUUUGAGAAAGAACACUAUUUCAUUGAGAUUCACUUGACUUUUCUAACUGAUGUAACUAUUCAGCUUCUCAGAAUGCUUUUUUUCUCCCCCCCUCCCCCCCAUAUGACUCUUUUAAAACUAACCUAACAAUGCAUAUCCACAUCUCAAUGAUUUCACAUCAUCCUCGUUGUGGAAGCCCUUCUUGACGAGGUGUAGCGAGUGGGUUUACUUUUGCUACACCCGGUUUCAAGAUGGUCUUAUGUUUAGCUAAGGUUUUUUGUCGACAUGCCACAUACAGUACUGUCAGUUCUUAUAUUCCCCCACCAGGGGGCAGCACACACAUCCACUGUCCUUGAAAGGACUCAACGCAAGAAUCUCAAUGAUGAGGGCAGUAUUUGUGUGGUUUUGCACUAUUGAAAGUGUUGUAAAUAAUUUUGUAUCAAUUGUUAAUGUCCUUAAUUCUACUAUGGUCCUAUAUAUUUAUUUGCAUUCUGUGUAAUUCAAAGUAGUCUCUGUGAGAUGGCUUUGCUAUUGUUCAAAAUAAAUCAAAUGUUGCGAAGUUAA